AUGUAUAAUCCACUGGCUCUCAUUUUCUGUCUCCUGUAUCUUAGCAAUUGCGUCCAAUCGAACGAUUGUGGCCAGGAUGAAUCACUCUACUGCCGCGGAGAACGUGCUCUGCGCAUUGCGAUAAGAAAUUUGAAUAAAAGUGACAAGCCGCUAGUGAUAAUGCCUGGCAUGGAGAUAGUACCAAUGCACAAUGAAUCAGCAGUUGGUAAAGAAAAUCCGGAAGAGACUCUCCUUGAUAGUCUGGCCAACUAUUUGCGAACGCACGAGGUCAAUGUCAAAUUAGUUGACUUGUUGGAAGAGGGAAAACUGGUGGAACAAGCAUCAGAGGCACGCAAGAAGGAUAAAGGCCAGGGACUGCUACUGGCCAUGGCACUGAUGUUUGGCAAAAUGAUGGCAGUUGUGGGACUUGGUGGCAUUGGAGCUUUGGCCAUGAAGGCUCUAGGCGUUGCCAUGGUGGCUCUAAUGAUGGCCGGAAUGCUGGGCUUAAAAACAGCUGCUCAGCAUGGAAACGAGUCGAGUCAUAGCAUUUCAUAUGUCACCGGUAAAGGACAUCAUCAUAAGCGACGACGACGAGCGGCCUGGCAGGUGGUCUCCGAGCAGCAGGAACAACCUUUGGCCUACCGAGCCUACAUAAACUAAAAAUGUUUGACAAUCAU